GCGCACGGUGGGUCCAUUUAUACCACGGUCCACGCCUCCCACCGCGCGCUCGCGCCAAGUCUUGCCGGAGAUACUUGUCCCUGCAUCAGAGCCGCUGAGUCAACCGUGGCUGUCGACGACAACUUCAGGGGGGUCGCCAACUGCCGCGUACUCGCGAGAUGCGACAUUUCCGAGUGUUUCAAGUGGGUCCGAUGACGGGCCGGUUAUGUAGCUCGGCUUCGCCUGCCUCUCGCUAUUUCCUCGUUGCCGCGCACCGCGAUAGUGCUCGUUCCUCCCUUUUCAAGCGCGCACGGUCCCCUCCGCGUCACAUGUCGCGACUCGCAGCGCGCCCAAUAGGUUAGGUCGCCUCGGCGUUGUGUACGACGCUCCCGUCCUCCGAUUCGACGCCUCUGUCUCGCCGUCAGGACCGACCGACGUGCAGCAUGCUGUCAAAAAAGAACAAGGAUCUGCGGACGAUCAAGGAAGGGGUGGUCGGCAAAUACGUGAAGAAGGAGACGCCACCCGAGAUGCCGAUUAUCAACGUGUGGACGACGGAGCCGAACAGAAGGCCGAGACGACGCAGCAAUCAUGCGCUGAUGCCGAGCUCUACGUCCAUUUCUCCGCAACCUAGUAUGGUGCAAAAGUUCGGAAAUCUGAAAACCACGAGCAGCGCCGUCGGUCUGGGCAGCCACGAGGGAAAAUACACACCGAACAGUUCCGUUCCCGACUUGGCUCAUAGAUUUGCCAGUCUUACCGUCAACACCGGAAUGAAUGACGGUAUGUUUUCACGAACCGCGACACCCAUGUACCAUCCUGAACUGUCGCCCGCGAUGUCGCACACUUUUAUCAAUCACUAUGCUGGAUCCGAGUACCACCUGGACAGGGUUCAGACACCGCAGAUGCCUUACAUGCCUUAUGAAGUCGAUGCUGGUUACGAGGACUACAGCCACUCCGUUUAUCGCCACAAUGCUGGCUACAGCAGAUGCUACUCGGAGAGAUCGAGUUCUCGGAGUGAGCAGCAGCAGCAGCAGGACGAGUUGCCUCUGCCGCCUGGAUGGUCGGUGGACUUCACCCUCCGCGGCCGAAAGUACUACAUCGAUCACAACACCAAGACCACGCACUGGUCGCAUCCGCUCGAGAAGGAGGGUCUGCCCACGGGAUGGGAGAGAAUCGAGUCUCCCGAGUACGGCGUUUACUACGUCAACCACAUCACGCGCCAGGCGCAGUACGAGCACCCGUGUUACCCGCACGAGAUGCAGGCGGCGCGGGUGGUCUCGCCGCCGCGGCACACCCACUUCCACUCUCACAGCGUCCUGGUGCCGGCCAAUCCUUAUCUCAACGAGGAGAUACCGCACUGGCUGUACGUGUACAGCAGGGCCUCGAUCGCCCUGGACCGCAAGCUGCGCUGGGAGUUGUUUCGCCUGCCCGAGCUGGACUGCUUCAACGCCAUGCUCACCAGGCUGUACAAGCAGGAGCUGGAGGAGGUUGUGAUGCGCUACGAGGAGUACAGAUCGGCGCUGCUAUGCGAGAUGGAACAGAGACUGAAGGAAUUGAAUCCGGAAUCCGGCGGUUCCAACGUUGGCGCUAUUGCCUUGCGGAGAUCCCUUCCCUGAGGAAAGUCUGCCGAAUCAAUCGAUUGUUUUAUAUAUAUAUAUAUAUUUGCACGUUUCUCUCAAGUGAGGAAAAGCAUCACAAAGAAGUGACCGAUAGCCCUGUAUUUUGUACACGUGUAGAUAAUAUAAAGCCCGAUGAGAUUAUUCUCUUUCUGACGAUACAUGUUAGGCGACGCUACACGGAAGUUCUGAGAAAUAACAAUAAACCUUACUUAAGGCUCGUCCGUCUCGGCA